GACUUGCUUCGAUCGCUGAGCGACCACUGCCGAUGCCUCGUUCUUUCAUGUUGCUGUUGUUCUUUUACGGGAUGGUUAUAUUUUCCGAAGAACACAAUCACGUGCAUGAACCACCGCAUUUCAAGUACUCAAGGGAGGCCAAUCUGAGAGAAACCAAAUCACACAGAGUACAUGUGUUAAGACGGAAUUUACGAACUGAUUCCCCGCUGACACUUUGGUUGGAAACCUCCAGCGCGGUGUUGCUAAUUAGCGCAGCUCCCUUCUUCAUACUGUUUCUGCUACCGGAUUUGAAUAAUCACCAGGGUUUACUAAAAGUCCUGUUGGCAUUUGCCGCAGGUGGAUUACUUGGGGAUGCUUUCCUUCACCUCAUUCCUCAUGCGAUCAAUUCCGGUGGCGAGCAUCAUGGGAUUGAAGUUGACCAUCAUAUGUCACACCACAAAGACCGACAUGACCACACGCAUCAUACAAUGGUAGGACUGUCCGUAGUGGCUGGGAUAUUCGUCUUCCUCGUCGUGGAGAAACUCGUUCGCCUUGCUCGACAUGGACAUUUCGACCAUAUCCACGUAGCUGAGCCGUCGUCGGUCCCCAACUCUGUCACCAUUAGCGAUUCGAAGAAUAAAAAAAACAAAAAGGGUGGUGGUGAUGACCACACAAAAAAACGUGAAAAGAAAGCUAACGGGCCAAAACAUGCCAUUGAAAUGCGAGCUUCUGGUUACCUCAAUCUCGCAGCCGAUUCCGUUCACAAUUUCGCAGAUGGGUUGGCUAUCGGUGCCUCCUUCCUCAUAAGUCGCAACGUCGGGAUGAUCACCACCCUCACAGUUUUGCUCCAUGAAUUGCCACAUGAGAUGGGCGAUUACGCUAUCCUCAUUCAGUCCGGUUGUUCGGCUCGUAAGGCCAUGCUGUUGCAGCUGAUCACAGCAAUGGGUGCCGUGUUAGGUGCCUCCCUGAGUCUCUUGAUCGCCGGAGUUGGUAUCGACGGCUUGUCUGGUCAGCCUGAUUCAUUAUUUCUCACUGAAAAUUUGGUGACUGGAUGCGUGUUACCAUUUACGGCCGGUGGCUUCAUCUACAUUGCUAUGACCUCUGUGCUCCCGGAUUUGUUGAACCCCGAGUCUUCGGAACCAAAGACUACUCCUGGAAUCCUCAAACGUUUGACGCAGAGCAUCGCUGAGAUCAUCGCCCUCACCACCGGUGUCACAAUGAUGGCAGCUCUAGGUGCUUUGGAGUGACAUAGUCUGCCUACCCAACCUGUCAACGUUUUGACAGGUUAACUUUCUAUAUCUUUCACCAUGGCUUUCUAUGUCAGUUUUUUCUCCAUUCUGCUCUUGCCACUUCUAUUCAUCAUACCCGUGCUUUAUAUGGUUUCAUUACUGAACUUGUUUCGAAGAUACAACUUUUGUUUUUCCUUUAAAUUUCUGUAAUUUUAUUCCGACUGAUGCGGCGAACUUCCGCGGGAACUCGGGCACUACGUUUGUCUCCCUGUUGCUGCAUUUGCUACGAUUAUCUCGGAUCUUUCACAGGUUUUUUCUUUCCCCAUCAUAUACCGUGGUCAGUGAGGUUGGGUAGUCGAAUCGGCACUUAUUUCCCUUUUAAUCAGAAAGAGUAAAAUG